AUGACGACGUUGCCGCAGCCCCUCGGCAGAUUCGAUGCGCGCCAGCGAACUAGCGCAUCCUCCAUCCCAUCCUCCCCGAGCUCACCUCCACCUCCUCAUCAAGCUCCUCAACCUGCAUCAGAAGUGGUUUCUCCCGUAUCACCAGAGUCAACAACUUCUUCUCCGCAACUGGGAUGGCACGCUCGAACAAACUCCAUCCCUCGCAAACCCGUGCCGCUCACAUCAUUAUUCGCACCGAGCAAGUUCGGCCCAUCCGUUCAUGUCACGGAGACGACGCCCGAGGACGACACUACGGCACAGAAGACGACGACCCGCGGCCCGAUGGACACGCAUGGCAUCGACCUGAGCUCGCUUAGCGGAUCGGCGCAUUACCGCGCUGAUCCCACGUUCCACGGCCGGGAGUCGCCUGAUGAUUCCCCAAGAGACGCGGAUGCGCAUCACCACCACGGCGGCGGAGACCAGCGCCAUGAUGCUCGUGCCGGCCUGCUGCAGAAUGCGCAAGAAUCCGUCUAUGAUGGGCAUCGCUCACCUCCAGUCGGUGCACAGCAGCAGUACGAGCAUGAUCACGAACACGAGCCGCCGAAACCGCCACCGUAUGUGCCUGAGAACUAUCUGGGUCCGCCAAAUGAGAGGAACAGGCCGUUACGGAUGAAGAGACCUCAAUGCGGCUGGCACUCAUCAUGGAACAUGUACCUGUGGCUCUUGCUUGGCAUCAGCUGCGCCAUCGGCCACCAUGUCUACUAUCAUACCCUGAACGGCCAGCCCGCGGACGACCAGGUGCGUAUGCUUAGGUACGGGACGAUCCUGGCUUUUGCGGCCAAGGCGAGUUUGGGUGCUGCCGUCAUAUCGGCAUUCCAGCAGCGGAUCUGGACCACUGUGAGAUCGAGGUUUAUGAGUAUCGCCGCGCUGGAUUCCAUGUUUGCUGCUACAGAGAACGUGAUUGCUUUUGUGAACUUGGAGUUUCUCAUGGGUGCCAAGGUGGCUGCCGCUUUGGCCCUGUUCGUAUGGCUUUCUCCUCUGGUGGUCAUUCUCACAGCCAACACUUUGCUUGUUGAGCCCAAGACCAUUCUGCAAAACACUACCUGCCCGGCCGUUCGCAGUCUGAAUUUCGCAAGGGAGGACACUCACGACUGGCGAAAGCCCAUCAAGAUCGACGGCCGUUAUGAGAUGCCGCUGUCCAUCUGGAACUCCACCAAGCCGGCGGACUCGGAGCCGGAGGGCUGGUUCGACUAUUACACCGGGCCAAGUCCUAACUUUCAGCAGACCGCUACUCUCGGAGCUUUCUUGCAGGAAGUUGUCGCGCGGAAGAACGCCUCAACGGAGGUGUGCAGCAAGGGCUGGAACUGUACUUUUGAGAUAGACUUCACAGCCCCGGGGUAUAAGUGUAGCGAACAGGCUAGGGGUAUCGGCUCGACACCCGCGAACCUCACGCAAGAGUCUGGGCAGGCUCCCCCGCCGUUUGGGACGGAUAUUCUCAUCCCUGAAGGGACGUACGCGUACUACGCUUUCACCAGCGGUGGAGAGUAUUCUACCACCCAGAUGAAGGACGUCGAAAUUGGAGGUAUUCCAAAGAUGGACCCGCCCUAUCCUGAGCAUAUGGGAGCUCUUCGCACUGAACCGGUCAUCUGGAUUGGUCAUGUCGUCCCGCCCGACGCGGACCAUCCAGCUUCAUCAAAGGAAGAGGAUGAGCUAAUGCAAUACGUCCCCAAGAUCUUUGCAUGCGAGCACUAUGUAACAGAGUACACUGCCGUCUUCAACUACACCGACACCACACAGUCAGCAUACAUGAAGAAACAUAACUUCACCAUACCCGUCAUCAAUACAACUUACAUCCCCGGUCUCGACGCAAACGAUGGCACGGCAGACAAUAUUACUGCGACCCCGAAAGAGAACUACGUUGUCCCUCAAGACGUCGAACGAUAUCGACGGAUCGCUGCAUACCAUUCCCUGGGCUUCAUGCUCCGCAAAUUCCUCAACGGCACCGUGCAGAUCGACAAGCAAUCAGCGAAUCCAAUGGCCAAUACGGAAGCCAUCCAGACGAAGCUCCUCGACCCCCGCAACAACUACUUCCCCGUCUUUGACCUGCAGGACAUGGUGCAGGAAUUCUACGAGGACCUCAUCCUCUCCAUCUUUUCGACCCCGCAGUUCCUCCCCGUCGUAUGGGCCGCUCAUCCGGGCGAGGUCUCGGGCGGGCUGCGCGAGGGCGGCGUUGACGGGAACCACUCGGCAUAUCGCUUCCCCUGCCAGAAGUCGCGCAUGGCCAAUAUGUACAGCUACCACGAACGUGACCUGUGGAUCGUGUACUCCAUUGCCAUAUUUCUGGCUAUACUGGGCGUGAUUGCGGGUGGGUUCGCGGUCAAUGAGAACGGAGGUGUAUUGAGAAACACGCGGUUCUCGAGCGUGGUAGCGGCGACGAGAGGCCCAGCGUUGGAGAAGGUCAAUUGGGAGGGCCCUGACAGGGAUAGGGGCGAUGUACCGAAGGAUGUGAAGCAAUUGAAGCUGGGGUACGGCGUGAUGGGCCAGAAUGUUGGGGACGGAAUGGGUCCGGAUGGAGGAAGAUACCCCCGGGCGAGAGAUAGCAUGCUCUGGUCGCCGAGCGAGAUCAGGUGCGGCUUUGGAUUGGAGGGUGAUGUAAACCAGAGGAGGAGGGAAGGAUCUUUAUUUCAUCGAUAG